AUGAUUAUAGAAGAAUGCAGAAAUAUAAUGAAUACUUAUAAAAUGAAUAGAGACAUUCACAGAAAUACAAAUCAACCUAUUUUGGAAGAAUUCAAUAAGGAAAAAGAAUAAGAAAAGGAAAAUAGGAUAGUUUAAGAUAAGAGAUAAGAAUUUAAUAGGGAAUAUAUUAAAAAAUUAGCUUGA